UCUCUCGAGAACAACUUCUCAACCCUCUCUUGCCCGCAGGUUCCUCCGAAACAGUCCAACGACAACCCGAAAACUCCCCCCCAAAUCCUGCCCAGCAUGGCUGUCGCCGAAACUGAGAAGUUCCUCCACCUCUCGCGGCCCAUCGCGCCGGCCACGAUUGGCAUCCCAGGCAACAUUGCCCCGCUCACCGUCAACAUCCAACCCCAGGCUAUCCUCUCCAUCCUCGACCAUGCCGUGCGAAGAGACAUCCGCGAUACGCAAUCAACCCGCGUUAUCGGCGCCCUCGUUGGUGUCCGCUCCGAAGAUGGCACCGAGGUCGAAGUGCGCUCCUGCUUCGCCAUCCCUCACACCGAGAACGAGGAUCAGGUCGAGGUGGACGUCGACUACCAGAAGAACAUGCUGGCUCUCACCCUCAAGGCCAACCCGCGCGAGUCCCUCCUCGGCUGGUACACCACCACCCACGAGCUCAACUCCUUCUCCGCCCUGAUCCAGAACUUCUUCGCCUCCCCGGAGACCGGUACCUUCCCCCACCCCGCUGUCCACCUGACCAUCAGCACCGACCCGACCUCCGACAUCGAGGCCCGAUGCUACAUCUCUGCCCCUGUCGCCGUCAACGCCGAGCGUGCCGCCGAGAGCUGCCUCUUCAUCCAGGUGCCCCACAAGCUCAUGUACGGCGACGCCGAGCGCAGCGCCCUCGAGGCCAUCUCCAUGGCCAAGGACACCGAGGACCGCACCGCCCCUGUCGUCUCCGACAUUGAGGGCCUCGCCCGCUCCAUCGAGUCCGGCGCCAACCUUAUCGAGCGCGUCAGCGACUGGGUCAACGGCAUCCUCGACGAGGAUGAGGAGCCCAACCAGGCCCUCGGCCAGUACCUCAUGAACGCCCUCUCGCUCGCCCCCAAGGUCGACCCCGAGCAGAUCGAACACGACUUCAACAACCACAUCCAGGACGUCCUCAUGGUCUCCUACCUGGCCAACACCAUCCGCACCCAGAUUGACCUGUCGCAACGGCUGGCUGUUGCCAACCUCACUGCCGGCGAGAAAGACGGCGAGGGCAAGGCUACCGAGGGCGGCGAGAAGGGCGAGCAGCGGGGCGGUGGUGGACGUGGUGGCAAGCGUGGCGGACGCGGCGGCGGACGCGGCGGUGGCCAGAGGGGAGAGCCCAGAGAGCCCCGCGAGCCUCGCGAGCCGAGGGAACCCACCGAGUAAAGGAGCUCAUCUCUGUUUGGAAAACGAAUUCCCUCACAUGCGGAGCCAAGGUUACACAAAGACGAGAAAAGGAGAGAAUCUCUCGAACAAGUACCCUCCAAAAUGGAAAAAAGGGUAGAGGGAGGUUGAAAGAGAUAAGUAAGCCGGCACGCGCGAUGCAGGCAUUUUCCGCCGCAAGGUUAGCAAGCAUGGCAUCAUGAGGAACCUACACUUGAUAAAACCAUCAUGGCGUUAUGGCAGUGACAGUGGCAGAAUUAGACGGCCUAGGGUAGAAUGCGCUAGGCAGUCGCAAUGAUGAUUAUUCACGCUUUC